AUGGUGCCAUUCAACAAUGUAAGAAGGAAGGUCGUUGCCUGUCUCCUUGCAGCAACUUUAUCUUGUGUCUACCUCAUCCUUCUGGCUUCGUUGUCAGCCCGCAGAAGCGCUCUGUCAGAAAGCCCAGGGUCGACGCUUCCAGCGCAAAUCCAGAAGAACAUCGAUGGGAUGUGGUCAAAGUCUCUGUCUGCUCAACACUCUUCUUCUUCGCGAUCGAAGGGAAGUUCUCUCCCCUCCAGUGUGCUCAACGGACCUGGACAUCAAUGGGAGCAUGAUCCAUACUUCGUUACCGAGAUGGGGCUCGAUGACGGGAGCUCGAACCUUGCGAGCGACUUCGGGCGAAUGAUGCGGAGGAUGACCGUAAGGCGACAAUGGCAUUGGGACAAGGCUGGUGAGGUGACCGGGCAGCCAGGGUUUAUCCAAUCUGGCAAGGUUCCUCCGCAAGUUCCCAUUUUUGGAAACGCAUAA